AUGGCCCGGGGCCCGGUGCUCGCUUUGCCGCUGUUGCUGCUGGCGAUGGUGAGCAGCUACGCUACCGCACAGGACAACUGUACUUGCCCCACUAACAAGAUGACCCUAUGCAAUUGGGACAGCCAGAGCAACCGCUGCCGGUGCAAGGCGCUCGGCACGAACCACGAGGUCAACUGCGCCACGCUGACUUCCAAGUGCCUGCUGCUCAAGGCGCGCAUGCAACGCUCCAAGAGCGGCCGUGCGCUGGUGCGGCCGAGCGAGCACGCGAUCGUGGACAACGACGGCCUGUAUGACCCCGAGUGCGACCGAGAGGGCCGCUUCAAGGCCCGCCAGUGCAACCAAACCGAGGUGUGCUGGUGCGUAAACUCCGUGGGCGUACGCCGUACGGACAAGGGCGACCAGAAUUUGCUUUGCGACGAGCUAGUGCGCACCCACCAUAUCCUCAUCGAACUGCGCCACCGCCCGGCAGCCAGCGCCUUCAACCACACGGACUUGGAUGCCGAACUGCGGCGCCUCUUCCGCGAGCGCUACCGACUGCAGCCCAGGUUUCUGACUGACGUGCACUACGAGGAGCCCACCAUCCAGAUCGAGCUGCGACAGAACGCAUCGCAAAAGGCUCCUGGCGAUGUGGACAUCGCCGACGCCGCCUACUACUUCGAGAGGGACGUUAAGGGCGAGUCGCUCUUCUCCAGCCCUGGCGCCUUCGACAUGCGCGUGCGUGGCCAGCCACUUCUCGUGGAGCGGACUCUCAUCUACUACCUGGACGAGAAGCCCCCCCAAUUCUCCAUGAAGCGCCUCACGGCCGGUCUCAUAGCCGUGAUCGUGGUGGUGGUGGUGGCCCUCGUUGCCGGCGUGGUCGUCCUGGUGAUCACCAACCGGAGGAAGUCAGGAAAGUACAAGAAGGUGGAGAUCAAGGAAAUGGGGGAGUUGAAUAAGGAACCGAGCCUGUAG